AACAAUAACAACAACAACAACAACGCGUAUCAGUGCCUCAUCGGACGGGAUUCGCGGCGUUAAUACGCCGAGCGCGCGUACAAUAUCGAGAGGAGGAGAAUGAUGAACGAUAAAAGCGCCGCGGAAACGGAGGCAGCCGCGAGCUACCUACGAGAUCGCGCACGUAUCUCGUCGCGCCCCGCAGUGCGAUACUCGCGCACGGUUGCACCCACGUCACGUUUUUAUUUCGCUACACGUGUACCGGGCGAAGGAGAGCUCGGGGGAGAGGGGGAGGGGAGAGGGCUCGGCCGCCGUGACGGCGAAAGAGGCGCGCACAUAAAAAUCUAUCUCUUUCGCCCGGCGGCGGCGGCGGAAGUGAUCGAUAUUCCUCGCGAAGAGGGCACGUGUCCGUUAUUUGCUGCAACUGCCGCUCCCUAUUGUGCGUUUUGUCAAUUCGCCGUUUGCCGUAUCGGCAACAACUCGGUAAUCGAUUAUUGGCCGAGUUAUUAUUGGUAUCACGGUAGCACAAUAUUGACGUACGCCGGUCAGCUCCGGGGUUCAUAACCCGACCCUUCCCCUCCUCGCCCCUUCGCUGUUCUCGCGCCGGUGGGUCGCGGAUUCCAUGGGAUUUACUUCGAUAGCCGGGCGUUACCGUUUCGAUCCGCGACACCGGGACAAACAAUGCGCGACACGAGCACGUGCCGCAUCGAGAGCGCGCGGCAUUUGUUCCAAGGGAGCCGCGGAAAAUCGACGCUGAGAAUCAUCGAGAUCGUCUUCGCUCCGCGUGUCCUUCGCCACCGUCUCUCCUCUUCGCUGCCAGCACACGGUGGGGAAAUUUGAAGCGACGACCGACCGCAUGCAUGCACCAGCAGAGGCGGUCCGCGUGGCGGGUACUUUCCGUUUGCUCACGAAAUGAAAGCGCGCUCGGUCGAAUUCCCCCGUCGAAAGCCGCGGACCGAAAUCGCGGCGCGCUGCCGGGAUAAAGGUCCGGAGCGCGCCGAUUUUCGCAAAAACCACCCCGGGGAUCGUCGCCUCGGAUCGUCCCGCGGGAGGAAACGUUUUUCCUCGGCGUCCCUCGUGGAAAUAAAUUCUCUGUGCUUCCUCGCGAUCGAAUUCGCCUCUCUCCUGCGCGAGCGAUUUUCGCUCUGCGGUCGUUGGCCGGCUUGCGGCUUUGCUCGAUUCCAUCAACGGUGAAUAAGCCGCCGAUUGAUAUUCGCGUCGGAUAACCAGCUCGCUUUCCCUCCCCCUCUCCUCUCUCUCUCUCUCUCUUCCUCUCUCGUUUCCUUUCCCCUUCGCGCUGUUCUUUCCGCGCGCGCGCGCGACAGCGCCGUUUAGCGUUUAAUCGAGAGGAGGGUAUCAGCGUGACCGUCGCGAUUUCUCGUCAUCGCGACUCGCCGGGCGUCGAAUGCAAAUAACCACCUACGACGUUUGAAUAAUUCCAUGAGCCGCGCUCUUCUUCCCGCCCGAUACGCGUUAUCGUACUCGCGCGCGACUCACCCCUAUCUCCCCGGCCCGGCGGGGAAAAGAAGGACACGGUGAAAAUUAGGGCGGAAGCCUCGGCCGCCUCGCCGCGGCCGUCUCGCAUCCAUUCUGCGAUAAUCAACGACGACAGCUCGCUCCCCUCGCUCGCAGCGCGACCGCUAAUCUCCGCACUCGUGGACUCGUCCCGUCUCCCCCAGGAAACGGGACUUGCGCUCGCUUCUCCUCUUUCGUACGCCGAGCGUAACUCGAGCGAUUAGACGAGCUUAGGAGCGAAAUCGCGCUCCUGAUAACAAAGUCGCUCUUCGAGCUGCAGCGCUCGUGUGCGAUGCGUAUAUAAAGGGGGCAUUUUUGUCCCUUCGCGCUGUCAAACCACCGCGGAACCUGGCCUCGCGAUGACUCCGACCGCGCUCGCAUUGUUCCCCGCGCUCUUGUUGCUGUCCCGGGACGCCCGCGGCUGGAGCAUCGCGUUCCCGAACAUCAGCGAGGCCCUCGCCAACGAUCUUCGCGACUCCUCGCAGGAGCGGACGCCGCCCUUGAUAUUUCCAGGAACGAAAUGGUGCGGCAGCGGCAAUAUCGCGAGCUCUCAGGACGAUUUGGGCACGUUCGCGAUGACCGACGCGUGCUGCCGCGAGCACGACGAAUGCGGCGACAUCAUCGAGGCGAUGCAGACGGCGCACGGCCUGACCAACCCGGCCUUUUACACGAGGCUGCACUGCUCGUGCGACGAGAGGUUCUACGACUGCCUGCACAGCUCGGAGGAACUCGUUAGCGCGAAGGUCGGCUUCCUCUACUUCAGCGUGUUAAACACGAAGUGCUUCCGCGAAGACUAUCCCAUCGUUGGCUGCAAACGGCAUUCACUCAUUCCUAGACGCUGUUUGGAGUACGAGCUGGACGAGAGCCAACCGAAGAUGUAUCAGUGGUUCGACGUGCCCGCGUAUUUCCAAAACGACCACCGGAUGACAGCGACCGGCCGUCAUAUUCGAUCACCUGCCGCCGCCGCCGCCGCCGCCGCCGCUUCAUUCGCGGACCCGUGGAAGUCUAUUUCGCGGGAAUGAUCAUCGGAGGAAACGUCACGCCGCACAGAGGUCGCCGCGUAAAUUUGCAGCUUACCGUGCGCGCAGCCGCUGUCACCGUAGUUAAAUAAACGCCAAUAAAACCGCACUUGCGACCGCUUUAUUCCCGCUCUAUUUCUCGUUGCGUUUUAUUUUCUUUUUCCCCCGCUCGCUCGCGUCGGCUCUCCGUCGGCGCUUCCGAGGAUGCUCGUAUUAACCAUUGCGUGCGUGCGUGCGUGCGUGCGUGUGUGUGCGCGUGUGCACCGCGAAGGAUGCGAAAUUAUAGAGCGGGCAAACUGGCGAAAGUGGAAAUUGCGCGAUGGUCGCGGCCAUUAAGCGCGCCAAUCAACCGCCGAUCGUAAAAGCCGGCUUUUUUUACUUCCAUCGGUCCGAUACAUCGGAACGGCGGAAAUGUAAAGCACCGCAGUGUGGCGGGCGCGGGGGGGGAGAGAGAGAGAGAGAGAGAGAGAGAGAGAGUGCAGGCUGAAGUUGAAACGGUAAUAAAGUAUCGCGUUUCACCGUUUCGCGAGAUUUUUCGGAAAUGGAUCGCGAUUGCCGGCGCCAAUUUCGUCGCUAAUAAUUAAUAAGCGCGCGCGAAUAUUUGCGCUGGGAGCGAAUGCGAUCGCUCGAUCGCAGCGUCGUCGUUCACAUUUACUCACCUGCUGCGUAAUACAGCAAUAAUUCAGCCCCGGGACCCAACUGAAUCAUCUCAUUGUAAUCGGCCGUUAUCACGUCGGAAAAACAGAAGCCAAGUUAGAGGGAUACCAGAGAGAGAGAGAGAGGGACGAGGGUGAGGGGUGGUCCAAGCGAAGGCGGGAGAUAAGCGAUGAGGGGCCGAAUCGGGUUCCUCGCUUCUCCUCGCCCUCCCUUCUCGCUUUUCCGAGGCUUUCCUCCAUUUUACGCGAGACCGUGCGGGCAGCUGGCGCUUACUCCGGGAUUUGCUCGGAAAUUUAUGUUUGGAUGGAGCGCAGCCGCCGCGCCGUCUCCCCCCCCCUCCCUCCCCUCCUCUCCCCAUCGCUGCCGUCGAUUUACAACUUCUCCACUCACCUGCGCCAACUUUCGGAUGCGCGUAAGCGCCGCUUCUCCAACUUCCACGGCGACUCCAUUCUUCGUCGCGUCGCGCAGCAUCGACGCGAUAGGAAAAAUUGUCGAGUUCGCCGUUGAACGCCGGUGAUUUAUCGCGCUAGGCUCUCCUCGGUGAAGGCCAAGGCGGCGACGACGCCGCCGCCGCCGCCGCCGCCGUGCGACGUUGGAAUAUUUAAGAAGGCGGAACAUGCGCGCGGGCCACUCUCGCGGGAUUAAGGGAAUGGUAAACAGGAGGAC